AGCUUUUUUUUCGAGGGUAGUUGUCGGGGAACAGACCAGUGCAACCAGCGCAUCGCGGUCGGGGUAGGUCCUGCUGAGAACCUCAACCUUCCACAGAAGUCUUCAAAAAAAUGACAAUCGAAACCGCCGUUGAUGCCGGCUGGACGCUGCUGGCCGGCAUGCUCGUGUUCUUCAUGCAGGCAGGAUUCACUCUUCUCGAAUCCGGCUACGUGAAAGCGCGCAACAUCCAGUCCAUUUUGAUGAAAAACGCCAUUGACGCGUCGGUUGCGGGUAUCGCGUGGUACCUGUUGGGGUACGGGCUCGCUUUCGGCGAAGAUUCGUGGCACAAGGAGCACAAGGGCGGUUUUGCCGGAACGGACCACUUCGCGCCCGGGUCGGACGAGUUGACGGACGGCACGGGGAGCUACGUCGAUUUUUUUUUUCAGUACACCUUCUGUGCCACCGCUGCGACGAUUGUGUCCGGCGGCGUGGCGGAGCGUUGCAAACUGGAGGCCUUCGCGGUGGUGUCGUUCUUGCUGACUCUUGUCUACUAUCCCCUGGUGGUGCACUGGACCUGGGGUGGCGGCUUCCUGACCCAUAUCACACAGAAAAAAGCUGGCAGGUCAUAUUUGUAAUGCAAAAAUAGACUGACAAAAAAGCUUUAUUUUGUAUUGCAUAUCCUAAAUAGCAUGCUAUGAGGCCGCCCAUGACAGAUUUUGCUGUGUAUUUGUUUUUGCAUUACUGCCAGCUUUUCUCUGUGGGAUAACCCAGAACGGGUACUCGGACUUCGCGGGCAGUGGCGUCGUGCACAUGUUCGGCGGUUUCGCGGCGCUGGCAGGUGCGAUCGUGUGCGGUCCCCGGCACGGCCGGUUUACGCCGGGCGAGGAAGCCAACUUUGCCCCCUCGAACAUGCUCUACAUCUGCGUCGGCGCCUUCGUCCUGUGGUUCGGGUGGUACGGCUUCAACGCGGGCAGCACCCUCGGGCUUUCCGGCGGCAACGACUUGCUCGCCGCCCGCGCGGCCACCAACACCGCGAUCUCGGCCGCGUUCGGGUCCAUUUCCAGCUUCCUCACCUCGUACAUCAAGGACAAGAAGUUCAACGUCGCGGCGUUCGCGAACGGCAUCCUCGGCGGCUUGGUCGGCAUUACCGCCGGGUGCGCGGGUAUGGACACUCAUUUGGCCUGUGCAACGGGGAUAUCAACUGUAAAAAUGUCUGGGUCUGGAAGAAUGUUGCAAGAUUUGUCAUGCAUAUUUCUCAUGACCCAUGAUCUCUGUAAUGCAGGGCCUAGCGUGACAGAUUCUGUGAGAUCCCUAUCAUGCCUAUUCUGCAUGAGAAACUUCCUCGCAACUUGGUCAAAAGUGGACAGCUUUUGGCAUUCAUGCAAGACAGAUUUUGGCACGAUCCAGAAUUAGCAUUACAAGUUGCAAUUUUCCAGACCCAGACAUUUUUACAUUUGAUAGGGGAUCAUCUCCGGCCUGCUGGUGGAGUCGUCCUCCGUAUUCCGUGUAAAAUCGUCCCCACCCUGCUCCGCAGUAGAGAUGUCAUGCAAAUCUGCAAGCCUGAUCCUGAAAUGUUUCUCAUGCGCAGUGCCAUGAGGACCAUUUUCGAACGCUAUUUUUAUCUGGGAGUUUGUCAUGCUGGAACAAUGAGGAUAAGGUCAAUUUUUUGUGAUGCGGUUGUAAUAGCUAAACAGUACCACGCUAGUACGAGCUGAAUCUUGUCGUGCGCAGCGGCCAAAGCGUGUUGCUUUCUGUAGCGAAAUCGCGAUCUUGACCCUGGUGCGGGGACGUUUUCACUCAGGAUAUUCCGAGCUGCUGAAGAAGUUGAAGAUUGACGAUCCCGUGGGCGCUUUCCCAGUCCACGGUGCCUGCGGCAUCUGGGGCGUGAUCGCCAUCGGGUUGUUUGACAUGGAGAAGGGGUGGUUAUCAGAGAGAAAUUAAUUAGCUGGCAGGUGGUCAUAUUAUCUGUGAUGCCAAAAUGACUGAAUGAUGCGCAAAGGUGGCUCUGCUCGUGCAUACUAUGGGCUUUCCCAUCUACUUACUACUUCACGUAUUAUUUUUUUUUCCCGCCGCGUAUUUCGUUUGUUGUUGUACAAAAAACAUCACAUCGCACGUGGUCGUGCCAGCUUUUUUCCGCGGGAUGGUUGUGGUCCGGCAAGAAGACGUUUGACAUCCUCCUCGGGCCAAACAUCACCGGCAUCAUCACGAUUGCCGUGUGGAGCUUUUCCACUUCUUUGGUCACCUUCUUGGCCUUGAAGUACGCCGGGCUGCUCUUGGUUUCGCCGGAAACCCAGACCGCGGGGCUCGACCUCGAGAAGUUCGCACUGGAACGCAUCCCGAGCCGCAAAUCGGAACGCGAAACCGGACUCGUUCCUGCUACCGGUGUGCUAUGCAUAGGAAAUGUCCCGACGUCGUACUACAAAUCGCACGAUCAUUUUGUCUGUGCCACCUGGUAAAUCGCGUUUGUAGUCGUGUAACGCACUUAAUAGAUGAUACAGUUACAGGAGUCAUGGUCACGGAAGGACUUGAACACCUUUGGUGCAGCUUUGGGUCAUAAGUACAUCAUGAUACAUGGUCAUCUCGCACCAUCGUCACGAGGGGAUAUUCAAUUCGGCAGAGAACUGACUGCGACUAAAUGCUUACGACAUAAUUUUUGCAAUGCAUACUUGGUGCCGGAAAUUGAAAUGCCGGAGAAACCGAUCACACCGGUGGUGGAUUUGAAAGCUGCUGUCGAGUAUCAAAUGCAAAUAUGUCUGGGUCUGGAAAGAAUGGAAUUUGUGAUGCUGCGUUUGGAUUUAUAUAAAAUCUGUAUUGCAUGAGCAGCAACGGGAGCCCAGUUUUUGCUACGCGAGGAGGGCAUUUGUCAUGCGGGAUAGGCAUCAAGAAGGCCUCAAGAAACCUGUGAUGCUGGGGCAGACAUCACAGACACCUUGGGUCAUGCAAAGUGUGCACGACAAACCUCGUAUCCUUCCAGACACAGACAUAUUUGCAUCUGAUAUCGAGGACAUCGUCGUUGAAGGGGAGGUGGUCGAAACUGUGGAGACUAUCAAAUGUAAAAAUGUCUGGGUCUGGAAACUUGUGAUGCUGGGUGGCGUCUCAUGAUGAGGCCACAAGUGCUGGCUCAGCAUGACAAGUUUCUGAGCUUCUAGGUGUUGCCUAUUCUGCAUGACAAACUACAUUUCUGCAUCACUGAAAAAUAGGGCUCUUGGGCAACGUGCAUGACAGAUUUAAGAGUCAUGCCAGACAAGCAUGACAAACAUGCAUUCUUCCAGACCCAGACAUUUUUACAUUUGAUAGAGACUGUCUAA